UCAGCAAAGGGUGCAGGUUACCGCACGAGCCGCGAGCCGCCAAAGGCGCUUGCUGCCGUCUCACAUUGCCAACCAAAUUAGGGGAUAUUCCCACAUUCAGCGCUGGUCUUAGUGCAAGGCCUUCGCUCGGAGUCUUUUCCUUGACGAAGUCGAGAAGCGAGGCCUCUGCGAACAUGGGCAGAGAUCCCCCCCUGAAGAUUACCAUCUCGGUGUCCAAGGCUCCAGCCAUCGACGCGAUGCUGCCAUUCUGUAUUGGUACCUCGGAGUUGCAGACAAAAUUUCUGAAGCUUCUCGGGGACAUAGUGGAGGAGGCACAUCACGAGUCCUUCUGCAGCAACCAGCAGCGGCACGAGUUCAAGCAUGCCUUGGACUGUGCACGCGCAACUGCUGCAAAGUCUGCGUUAAACGCGCUGUGGCAUCCAGAUGCGGCAGGGUCUUCGCGCCGGAGCAAGGAGCCUCGGCGGCAUACCGCACAACCGGAACUGCGGAGGCCUCCAGACCGUCCAGACCGUCCAGACCGACUUGAGCCCAAAGACCCUUGGGAGGUUCCUGCGCGGCCAGUGGCGUUCACGAUCCUUCCUAUAAAGGAGGAGGAGGCGCUGACAUUGGGCACAGAGCGUGACCAUGAAGAGGGCACAGGCGCAGAGGGCGCCCAUGGGAUGGAUUUGUGCGACAAGGACGGGGUUUUUGUGGACGAGGGCUUUAUGUCCUCCGAGCUUUGCCAGCAGGAGAGUAGUGGAGCAGAGGGAGCAGGGAUAGAUAGCAUGGACUUCACAGACUUCGAGAUUGACGACUCGACAAAAUCUACGCUUCAUGCUGUUCGGGUAUUGAGAUCGGGUGCCCACAAGGGCAAAAUGUCUUCUUCAUCGAGGUCACCUGCACGCCAAAACUUGAGGAGUGAAAGUUCUGAUAGCAGGGACCUGGGCCCGUCGCCUGACAUGCAGAGGCUCGCAAGGAUUUUGCCAGCUCCUGCCGCAGCACCAGAGGUUGCUGCGCAGGUGCGGCAGGGCCAGUUGCCUUACUGCUCCGGCAGCCAGCCCCGACAAGACCAUCGCCAGCCAGAAGGAUUGAUGGCAACCUUCAAGCGUGUUGUGCGGGAUGUCGUAUGUUCACCCCGCGCUGCGCUGCCCACGUCACAGCCCCCACAGGUGUUCCCCGUGGCCACUGUGCCACAGCCACCUGGUGGUCCUCCACCAGCAUGCGUCUUCCGGACGGGUGAAAUGCAUGCGAAAGGCAAGUACAAGCAGCUGGGUCACCAAGCAGCUGCAGCAUCAGGUUCGACUGGCGCCGAAGGACGCCAGCCCUGCGAUGAGCGCGCGCUCCAGCUGGCGUGAGGUCAGAUGGGAGUCUGCUACGUGGCCUCCAAAAUCCACUGCCAGCUUGCGGCUCCCAAAACUUCCAGGAGUUUCGCUUUGGUUCCCUUUGUGUGCUCCUAAAGAAUCCAUCAGGCCAUGGGCUAUGCAAUUUUUCAAGUAACACCUCGUCGUACCGCUCGAAAGAAGCCAAGCAGGCCGGCUUCGAGGCCAAUACGUUCUAGCCUCUCUAGCACA